AUGGCAACUGCUCAGAUGCACCGAAGCGCGGUGAGCUCGGUGACACUACCUAACCGCAUCGCUACAGAGCAGCAGUCUUUGGUUCUUGUGAAGAGGCUGCUGGCCAUCUCCGUGUCGUGUGUCACUUACUUGAGGGGCUUAUUUCCUGAAUAUGCAUAUGGGACAAAAUACCUGGAAGACGUAUGUGUAAAGAUUCUAAGGGAAGAUAAAGGCUGUCCUGGCUCCACCCAGAUGGUGAAGUGGAUUUUGGGCUGUUAUGAUGCAUUACAAAAAAAAUAUCUGAGAAUGGUGAUAUUAGCGCUUUACACCGACAUUGAAGAUCCAAAGACCGUCACUGAAUGCUACCAGUUUAAGUUUAGCUACACUCCUAGCGGACCCAUUAUGGACGUCAGCAGCAAUAAAGGAAGCAUUGCUUCCGUCUGCACAGAUUUGAGGACAUCCAGCAUCCUGCUGGUCCGCAAACUGUACAUUUUGAUGCAGAAUUUGGGUCCUCUGCCAAACGAUGUCUUUCUGACUAUGAAGCUGUUUUAUUACGAUGAAGUUACACCAAUGGACUAUCAUCCUCCCGGCUUCAAAGAAGGGACCUGUGACGGCAUGAUGUUUGAAGGGGAACCCAUGUAUCUAAAAGUGGGGGAGGUGGCUACACCUUUUCAUAACUUAAAAGUAAGGGUGACCACAGAAAAAGACAGGAUGGAAAACCUUGAAAAGAACAUCCUAAAGAAUGUAGAGCACAAAACUCCCAUGCCAGCCAUCAGGAUGGACGUGGACGAAGCUCAAGAUACAGGCAGUUUUGAUGAGCCACUUCACGAGCCUUCAGUUGAUUUUGAGAAAAACAACAUUGCAGAUUUGAAGGUGGACGAACUCAACCUUGCUUGUCAAGAGGAUGAAGACAUGAAGCCUGAGAACCCAGCUAGUCAGAAGUCACAGCCGUGA